UGUGGGGAUAUUGACAGGUACUGGAUUCGCCUCGGUGCCAUCUUCUUUUUGCUUUUGCCUGUGGCUUGCUGGCAGCUGAGUCAGAACUUCUGAGGAGAGCGUCUCGACUGACGUUGCAGAUCUCUGACAACAGACCUGUUGCUUCAAUCAAUAAUAAUCCUAUCGUAUGUCAUGAUGUUUCCCUUGGCCAGAUAUGCACUAAACUAUCUCAAGACUCCAAGCAUUCUGAAAGUUGUGGGAAGACUGAAACACUCAAAGGCCUCAUCAGAAACUCAUGACAAAUAUGGCAAUAUGAUGCUAAUUAGUGGGACCAUUUUCUGUUUAGCAGGAUAUACAAUUUAUAUGACACAGAUGGGCGUGGUGUGGAACCUGUCUCCUGUUGGCAGAGUUACCCCCCAAGAGUGGAAGAAGAAGUAACUAUCUUAGAUACUGUAAUGUAGCAUUGUCUCCAAAAAACAAAACAAAACAAAACAAAACAAAACAAAAAAAACUUGUCGUGGAAAUGUUCUUCUGUUCAUUAAAAUAUAGCAUAACAAAAGAAAUAAAAUUCAUUCAAAA